AGAUGUCCAGAGUCAUAUAUAUACAGAGCUAAAGAGGUCUUUCAUUUCUCACAAAGCCACAACAAAACCAAAAAACUCUCAGAGACUUCUAGAUCCUUCUCCUUCUCCUCUUGCAAAAUCUCUCACCUGAAUCUUCGACAAUCAUGAUCUCCGUAGUAAUCCUCGCCGAACUGUUGGUGGAGUACACAGCCGCUCUCGCGAAACUCACAGCCGGAAUCUUGCCACCGAGACGACAAGGCGAAAACGCCGUCGUUCGCAUUGGUGGUUUCUCUCUUCCUUGUCCUUCUCCGUCGAGUACUGGUAGUGCCAAUAGAUCCUCUCCGAUCCCGGACUUAUCUUCUCAUCUCGUUGAUUUCUGAUCAGACGAAACGAUUUUGAUUUCGAGAUUUUGUUCUCUUUUUUUCAUCUAAUCCAAGAUUGGACGGACGGCUGAGAUUUUUCCAUGUGUCUCUUCCUCUUCCAUCUUCCUAUGGAUCUUGAAUCGUUGUUUUAGAGCUUUGUGUAAAUCUGUAAUUCGAAAAUAUUUAUUAAUAGAGAGAUUAUUAAUUUUGAUUUAACU